AUGUUCAAAACAAUAGCCUUGGCGCUGAGCGCUUCGACCGUAUUAGCAUCUCAGAUAGUUCUAUCCCGACCAUCACUCAGCCCACAUGCACCAGCGACUGGCAACGUCAAAUAUGCGCUCCCAACAGAGCGAACAUUUCUGCUCAAUGUCCCACCAACGUACGAUCAUGCGGAUUCACACCCUCUCGUGCUCUCUUUUCAUGGCGCUGGUGGUUUCAGUGAGAAGCAACAACGUAUCACGGAACUCUCCGACCCGGCCCUGCGUAUCGCAGGCAAGCCGUUUUUGACUGCCUAUGCCCAAGGCGUGAACAACACCGAUUGGGAUAUGAAGCACAUAUGGAAAGGCGCGCCCUACGAGAACAGUACAGUCCACGAUAUCGCCUAUGUACACGAUAUCGUCAAGACCAUCUCCGCGACGUACAAUGUAGACUCGAAGCGUAUCUACGCUUGCGGUAAGUCUAACGGCGGCGGGUUCACCGCUCUCCUGGCAUGUAGGCCAGAUACUUCCAGCCUCAUCGCAGCGUUCGCUCCCGUGUCACCGGCGUUGUAUCAAGGGACUUUCUCUUUCCAUAACUGCACGCCAUCUCGCCCUGCGCCGAUAUUCCACGCGCAUGGAGUGGAGGACACCAUCACUCCGUUUCAUGGCCGCACUCCUGAAGAGGGUUCUUUCGGACCCGAACCAGACGUCAGGCUAUGGAGACGCCAAUGGGCAGAGCGCAACGGCUGCAAGGGCAAGUAUGAUGGCGAAUGGCCUGAACCCCAAGUCAAGGAGAUAUAUGAGGGUGUCUGGGAGGAGGUUUGGGAUUGCCCAGGUGCCGAGGUCAGAGCGCUGACGGUGGAAGGUCUUGGUCAUGCUUGGCCUAGCACACUCGGCCUGGACCUUGCCGGGUCACCCAAUCAGACGGCCAACUUCAACUUCACAAGUCCGCACCUCGUCAACUUCUUUUCUCGACAUAGUCUUCCGUGA